AUUCAGGCUCCCACUAGAAGACUGGGCAGUUGGCGCCUCGCCCAGGCCGGACAAGCACCUGGAGGAGACCGGAGUAGGGGACCUCAUUGCCAGACCUCUGGUCCUUCCUGCGCCUUCUCCACGCUCCCAGGAUCCCUCACUCCCCAUCCCCACCUCGACCCUCGGCUAUCGCUGCUCAGCCCGUGAUGUGCCUCCCAGGAUCCCAGAUUUCUCCUGCCCAUCUCUACUACCUUGUGUCGGCUCCCUGCCGCGCCGGGUCCCUGACCUCCUCGAUCCCUCCAGGGCGGCGGGAGUCAGGGCUCUUUCGAAUGCCCCUGCGGUCCGUCCAAGCUGAACGCAUCCUGAGGCUGCAAGCUCUGGGUCUCCCGUUACUGGUGCUUCUGUUGGUUCUGCUGCAGCCGGUGCGAGCUCAGAAUCUCAGGGCUCAGGACGUGAGCAUGGGCGUGGACUGGCUGACUCGCUAUGGCUACCUGCCACCGGCGGAUCCUGUCCACGCCCAGAUGCAGAGUCUUGGGAAGCUGCAGGAUGCGAUCAAAGUCAUGCAGAGAUUUGCUGGACUACCUGAGACUGGACAAAUGGACCCAAUAACAAUAGCCACCAUGCACAAGCCCCGGUGCUCCCUGCCUGAUAUCCUGGGGCCUGCUGGGCUGGUCAGGCGCCGGCGUCGCUAUACUCUGAGUGGCAGCGUGUGGAAGAAGCGCACCCUGACGUGGAGUAUCCAGUCCUUCUCUCAGAGCUCCCGGUUGAGCCAGUCUGUUGUCCGGACCCUUGUGAGCUAUGCCCUAGAUGUCUGGGCUGUUGCGUCAGGCCUAACGUUCCAAGAGGUGGAUUCUCAGUACCAGGAGCCUGACAUCGUUAUCCACUUUUCCCGGGCCUACCACCAAGACAGUUACCCCUUUGACGGGCCUGGUGGCACGCUGGCUCACGCCUUCUUCCCUGGAGAACACCCCAUCUCUGGAGACACUCACUUUGACGAUGAAGAGACCUGGACUUUUGGGUCAACAGAUGGUGAAGGAACCGACCUAUUUGCAGUAGCAGUUCAUGAAUUUGGCCAUGCUCUAGGCCUUGGCCACUCUUCUGCACCCGACUCCAUUAUGAGGCCCUUCUACCAGGGCCCGGUGGGUGACCCUGGCACAUACCGCUUGUCCCAGGAUGACCGUGAUGGAUUGCAGCAGCUCUAUGGGAGAGUGUCCCAAACUCCGAAUGACAAGCCCACAAGGAAACCUCUGGUACCACCUCCCCAGCCUCCAGUCAUGCCCCCUGACAGCCCCUCCACACCUGUGCCUGAUCGAUGUAAGGGCAAUUUUGAUGCUGUUGCCAACAUCCGAGGGGAAAUUUUCUUCUUCAAAGGCCCCUGGUUCUGGCGCCUCCAACCCUCAGGACAGCUGGUAUCACCCCGCCCUGCUGGGUUGCACCGCUUUUGGGAGGGGCUGCCAAACGAUGUGAGGGUCAUUCAGGCUGCCUAUGCCCGACCCCAAGAUGGCCGAAUCAUCCUCUUCAGCGGCCCGCAGUUCUGGGUGUUCCAGGAACGACAGCUUCAGGGUGCAGCGAGGCCACUGGUAGAAUUUGGGCUGCCCCCGGGAGAAGAAGUGGAUGCUGUGUUCUCAUGGCCUUUCAACGGCAAGACAUACCUGAUCCGAGGCCAAAAGUACUGGCGGUAUGACGAAGUGGCCGGGAGCCCAGACCCUGAUUACCCACGUCCCCUGAGUCUUUGGGAGGGCGCGCCCUUUGCCCCAGACGACGUCACCAUCAGCAACACAGGUGACACUUACUUUUUCAAAGGCACCCAUUCCUGGCGCUUUGCGAAGGGCAGUGUCAAAUCUGAGUCAGAUUCCCCCCAGCCCAUUGGGCCCACGUGGCUGGAUUGCCCUGCCCCGAACUCUGAUCCUCAAGUCCCCAGUCCCCCGAAAACGACACCCGAAACCAGAAGCUGUGAUUGCCACUGCGAACUCAAUCAAACCUCGGAGCAGCUGUCAUCGACCUUCCUGCUGCCCCUCCUGCCCCUAUUGGCUGGAGCCAUCUUUUCUUGCUGAAACCUGGUCCUACCUUGCAGACUUCCUAUACAGAAGGAAGACAGAGUCUCCCUCAGCUGGACCUAGUGUAGGGUCUAGGGAUGCUGUGAAUCCUCACGAUCUGUUUCCACGUGCACAGAGCUGAUCGCAUUCCUAAAAGAAGCCCGCGGACGCAUGAGCUUUCCUUCCUGAGCUUGGUUUCUGUUAAGGCCGAGGGAGCUGUGGCCAUAGUGAGGGUGGCCGCCGCCAGGGGGCGGUGUGCACCAAGAAGGGCCGGCCGGCCGCAGCCACUGGAACCCAUGAGAAUUGCAGCUUGGACACACAGUGCGCCACCCUGUCCCAUUGCUCCUUAAACCAAGGCAACACCACACCAAGGUUGUGUGCUGACUUCUGCUGAACAGAUGGCUUUCUGGGAAUCCCCACUCCUCUGAUUCUCCACAACUGGUCACACUGGUCACAGUGGGUUGGUGACUAUACCCUGACUAGAUGUGUUAAACAGGACCAGGACCUCCUGUAGCCUCUGAAUGUGUUCCUGAACCUUCCUACCAUGUUCUACUCCCUCUGUGUCCCUUUAAAGUCACUGCCACAGGGGAGGGAUGUAAGCCCAAGCACCGUCACCUCCUCUGAGGGUGUGUGUCGAGUCUUGGCUGACUUCAGUGUUGAUGUAGAUGGAAUUUCUCCCUGUUUGGCCCAGAUGAUCUCAUUUUAGGUCACCCUUAUCCCAGAACACAACCUGGGGUGAUCACCCUGAAUUCAGGAUUGCCCGGGUCAGUUGGAAGGGAUCUUAUGAUACCCGUCUCUGUCGCCAAUUGAAGUGGCCAUAGCUUCUAUCUUAGGACAGUUUGGUUUCCAUCUGCACAGUGCGGCUGAGGCUGGCUGAGGGGGCUGAAGGUUCUGGAUCGUGGGUGUAGGACUCGGAUCCUCUACAAGGGCAGCUUUUAAUUGCUGAGCCAGGGCCCAAGCCCCUGCCAUUGCCUUCCUAGCACUCCCAGGGUGCCCAAUGAUAUGUGGUGAGCAGUGAAAAAAUCUGAGGUAGCUUCCUUCACACCAACUUCCCCACAGAUUCAGGACCUAGAUCAUCGCUUCUAGAAUAGUCCACAUCAGAAUCAUCUCACGGGAUUUUUUUUUUUCCGAGGCAGGGUUUUUCUCUGUAGCCCUGGCUGUCCUGAAACUCACUCUGUAGACCAGGCUGGCCUCAAACUCAGAGAUCUGCUUUUCUCUUCCUCCUGAGUGCUGAGUUCAAAGGUGUGUGCCACCACUGCCCAGCAUCUCAUGAGUUUAAGAAUGAAGUUCCCCUUCUCUUACCCUGAAUCCUCAUUUAGGAAUGAAUGCAGUCAAGAGGCAUAGACAGUUUGAGUAGUUUAUUUAAUAAGGCAAAAGAACCAAGCUUGGGCUGGAGAGGUGGCUCAGCGGUUAAGAGCCCUGAUGGCUCUUCCAAAGGUCCUGAGUUCAAUUCCCAGCAACCACAUGGUGACUCACAAUCAUCUGUAAUGAGAUCUGGUGCCGCCUUCUGGCCUGCAGGUGUACAUGCAGGCAGAAAGCUGUAUGAUGUAUACAUAACAAGUAAAUAAAUAUUUACAAGAGCACUGACUGCUCUUCCAGAGGUCCUGAGUUCAAAUCCCAGCAACCACAUGGUGGCUCACAACCAUCUGUAAUGAGCUCUAAUGCCCUCUUCUGGUGUCUGAAGACAGAGUUACAGUGCACUUAUAUGCAUAAAAUAAAUUAAUCUUAAAAACCAAGUUAAGUGGACUACCCCAGUAUGGGGGAAGCAGUCUAAUGGACUCAACCAGUGAUGGGUUUAUGAAUAUGAGAGGUGGGAUAUUUAUUGGGCAAUAUGACCUUAUUUCCAUCUCAAAUCAAUUCCAUUGUUAGCUCCACAAAAGGGAAGGAGUACAAAAGUAUUAGGAACUUUUGUUUUAUAUACACACAAUAUUCAAUAUUAUAUAUAUUGAAGGUAUGUAGGUUGAGUGUCCUUGUGGUUUAUUUUCUGGUAUUGUGGGGACAGUGUAACUGCAGCUUCAAGGAAAUAUAGGUACAAGAAGGGUAGUCUGGCUACCAGGGGACAGCCACCAAGACGCAGCUGUCCUCACCCAUCUGGUUCCUUGGUACAGGAUGGUCUGUACUGGAACCUGAAGGAUUUUAGAGAAGCCAUUAGGAGAGUGUGUGAAAGGUCAGCAGUGCCUUGUACGAGUCCCUCAUGGGCCUCAUCAGGUUCUGAUUGGAGCCUCAGACUGAGACGGUAGUUACUGGCAUUUCUGUAGAGCCACAUGCUUCCGAUUCGGUCAGCUUUGCUAUUUCAUCCCCAGUGUCAAAGACUCUUAUUUUUCACCUUCAGUGUUUUGUUUGUUUAAGAUGGCUGGCCUGAGACUGACUGUGUAGACCAGGAUGGCCUCAUACAGAGAUAACCUGGCCUCUGCUGGGAUUAAAGGUGUGUGCCACCCC